CGGGGCAUGCGCGCUGUCAUGUAUGUAUAUAUUCAUUGUGCUCUCUCUACAUGCACUUUCAUCAGUCGUGCCCGCUGAUACUGCGGUGUGGCUCAUGUCAGAGACGUGGGGUUGCCGCCGCCAUGGGCCGACCGGGCUGAGACUCGACACCGUCCCAGUGGCCAUGGCGGUAGCGCGUACUCUUCCGCCGCCGGCCAGGGACGGACAGAGCUGAGACGACCUCGCCCUCAACACGCACACGACUCUUGUUGAGCACACGUCGAAUCCCUACUACCAGGCGCCGGACGCUUUCCUGUAUAGUACACUAUUCUCACCGCAGCCUCUUUAGGCCCGAAAUGCUCGCAUAGCUGGCCCGCCAUGUCCCUGCCGGCCUCACCCCAGCACCUCCAUGACGCGCCCUCCCCUCUGACUGCCAACAACCCUGUAGCCGCACGGAGGAGCUUCACCCUUCCCACGCGCACUGCACCAAGGACAGCAUCGGUGCCUGCAUCUACAAACAGCGUCGAUGGCAUCGAAACCCUCUUUGUUUGUUCCGACUCGAGGAUCUUCUCCUUUACCACAGCCACCUCGGCUCGGCGCCCCUCACCAGAACGUCAGGGUGACGCAUGGCAGCCGAUACCGUGGAAGACGCCCACCGAGCGUACGCUGGCAGUUGGUGUCCUACGCAUCUACCGUGUGACCGCGUCCAAUGUCUCCUUUCUCAACAGCGGCAACCUGCUCCAUACCAUCUUCCCGCGUUCGCAAUGCUGGUGCGUCGACAACCAGUCCGUCUUCGUGCUACGGGUCCGGCAAGACUCGUAUUAUCGUAUCGAACUCCCCUAUGAGACUGAAGAGGACAAGGCCAAAAUCACCCACUUUCAGUCGGUCCUCGCCCAAGUGAUGCAGUAUGAGCGGACGCAAUGCCCCUUCCGACGAGACGCUGGGUUCGAAGAGCUGCAGCGGCCAAAGAGUCCGCCACGCAAGACAAUCAAGAGAAAGCCUUCAGGACAGGCGAAGAAGUGGAUUUUGGAUAAGACCUGGGUACCGGAACAAUACGGGUCGCGGCCUUCUACUGCCGGGACUGAACGCUCAGAGGCCAGCACCGCUUCGUCCAACGACGAGGAUGAUCGACGGAGCAUCUGCACAGAUAAUAGUGAGGCGGUACCCGAAGCACCAGAGAUUCCCUUUGUGAGAAUACUACCAGAGUCCCCCACCUUGUUGCCUUCGUCGAAGCCGUCCCCACGCCGUCUCUCUGUGGCAGAACGUGCAAGCAUCUUUCAGGGUAUACGCUCAGUCACGGCACCAAUCAAGACGCAGAGGACGGGAUCUGUGUCUGCAAUGCAGAGCAUCAUUGAGUCGCCAACAGGUCAGCCGAGUUGGGACGCAGAGAAGCCAGUGCUUGAGCGUCAGGUGUCGGAUGCCGGCAGCCUGGUCUCCAGCACUGACUCAUUCUACUCACUCGAGACGGUUACUCCACGAAGCCCCUCACCCAAGUUUAUGGACGCUGAGACGGUGGACAUGAACCCAUGGGCAGCUUCCUUCUCAGCACAGCAACAAGACGAGCCUAGGGGACGCUCGACACACCGAAGACAUAUAUCAGAGGCGACUGUGCGUGCUUUGUCCAUAGAACGGACCGAUGCAUCUGCGCCCGUGACUCCCACGGUCCCAUACUAUGCUACGACGAUUGUGUCGACCAAUAUGCGCCCGUCAUCAGCGCCGUCUACCCCGCCGCUGGUCAGUGACUCGGACAGCGACAGUCUUGGCCGCGCCAGCCUGGAUAUUGCCACACCACCAGAGGCCAUCAGAAUGAAGCGACUGACUGGGGCAUCGCAGCGACGGGCGUUUUCCCCGAUGCCCCCGACGCAAAACCUGUUCUACCCACCCAAGCACAGCCCUGGCAAAGAGUUUACCAAUGCCCUAGUGCGCAAGACGUAUGAGAUUGUCCUGGGCCCGCCAGCACAUCUGGUGUCGAUGAUGUUGCGGAUUGCCACGACCAUCUCCAACGGCAUUGGGCUGAGUGCAUAUCGCGCCCGCCGCGCCGAGAAGAUCCCGUGUUCGUGGGAGUCAGAUGACGAGGCGGACUGGGAUGAGGACGAUUUCGGCAUCCCGCUUAACAACAUCAGAGACGCAAACCUACGCCGGCGAACGUUUUCUGGUGACGUGGAUUGAGGCAGAGGAUGAGCAUGAGAGGAGGGGGGGGGGCUGUGAAUAUAAUUAGAAAGAGAGUUUGCUAUGUGCGUAACGUGGUUUGCGUAAUCUUGAAUGAUACCAAGGGGCUUGUACGGUUAAUGUCUGCAUUUACAGGGGGUUAGUUAGUUAGUCGCGUCUAUGCUGCGACGGGAUUUUUUUUUCAGUUUUGUUUCUAGAAUAAGUGAUUGUAAUACUGGGGGAGGGGGCGGCAUGUAUGUAGAGUAUUUUGCUGAGGGGCCGGCUUGCUUUGGUUGGAGGGGUGGGUGCGGAAUGAGGAGGCCUAAGCUUGGACGAAUGAGAACACAUGUUCAUUGUUUAC